AUGCCUGGCGUCGACCAAAUUCGCACACUUCUCCCCUUUCGCAACUUCCCUUCUACACUCACCACACUUCCACACUUCCACGCUCUGUUUCGAACCAACCUCUCCAGCAUGGUGGAAGUUAUUGAGAUCGAUCCCUCAAAGCGGGAUGACCUGACUCCAAGCGAAGCGGAUAUGCUUCACAUCAUGAACGAGGCCUUGACGUCUGAAGUCGACCCCGUCGCAGCACCGGUUUCUCUGGCCAAUUCCCUCCGGGAAUAUCCCUCCUCGCAGGGAUCUGAAUCUCUCAACAUCGCCAAUACAAAUCUUUGGUAUCUCUGGAUGAUAUUACUGGAAGUGGUGCUCAACGUGCCUGUCGAUCAUCCGUGGCAUGAUAUCCUCACUGCAACUGUCGAUGAGCUUCGGCGGGAAGGUGGGACGGUCGCGGCCAGUAAUCUGAAGCUCAAAUGGGAAGACUUACCCUUUCUCCGCAUGUAUCUCUUUGACAAAUGGACCGGUGAGCUCCCCGCCCCAAUUUUGUCCCGUCAUUCUCACAUCAAAGAAGACCCCACAGAACUUGACGACUACACACCUGAGGACCUCGAGGCCUGGAAGCAGUUCAACUCAUUUGCUUCGCGCCUGUUGUCUCCGGACUUUACACCAUGGCUCAUACUUCCUUAUUGGGAAAUAGCCGCUGGGCUGGAGACUGUCGUAGAAGACGCAGCCGUGUUUGAAUGCGAAAUCUGGGCCGCAACAGAGUGGUUGAUCCGAUGUGGAAGCAUCAUCUUCCGGGACAUGAGUUCCAAGGAAGAGUUGGAUUCUGAGACUUCGCUAUCUAUGAAGCCCGGGCCAUUGUGCGCGGACAUCCCCCCGCUCAGCGUUCAGAGAUGGGAUUUCUGGCAUUCAAGGCUCGUGGAAGUCAUCGAAAAUGAAUCAUCAAAUAAAGCUGCUGCUGGUGGUGUUCCGCUCCCCCUAUCGCGUCUUAAUCAGGCUCUUGCUGUGAUGGAGAAAGCGCGCCUUGAUGUUGAACUUGAAGGUCAAAAUCUAAAGGACCAAGAUAGCAGCGAUAGUGUGGACAGUUGA